GCGUGUGAGCAUGCCGGGCUGGGAGGAGUGCUUGCUCGGCCGGGCCGGGGGAGGUUCACACUGAAGUUAGGGCUGGAGACAGAGGAAGAGGGAGCGCUGCCGGAAGCGGCGAAGGCGCUGGGAGCCCGCGGAGCCCCGCGGACAGUAUGUAGCUGGGUGACAGCGACCGGAGCGCGCCGCAGCCGCGGGCAGUCUGCCUCGGGCGCUGAGGGGCUGGUGCAGCGGGUCCGGAGCCUCUUCUGGGAGGCGGAGUGAGGAGCGGCAGCCGCGCCUCGUCUCUGUUCUCCCCCGCUUUCCCCUGUGUCCCCGGCGCCGUCCUUCGGCGCGGCCCUUCCUCAGCCGCCCGCCCCUUCGCCGCCGGCCGGGGGGCUGCGGCCGCUGCCAUGGGGCUGCCCACGCUGGAGUUCAGCGACUCCUACUUGGACAGCCCGGAUUUCAGAGAGCGCCUGAAGUGUCACGAGAUCGAGCUGGAGAGGACGAACAAGUUCAUCAAGGAGCUGAUAAAGGACGGCAGCCUCCUCAUCGGAGCCCUGCGAAAUUUAUCCAUGGCAGUGCAAAAAUUUUCACAGUCUUUACAAGAUUUCCAGUUUGAGUGUAUUGGAGAUGCCGAAACUGAUGAUGAAAUUAAUAUUGCCCAGUCACUGAAAGAAUUUGCUCGGCUUCUGAUUGCUGUUGAAGAGGAGAGGAGGCGACUGAUCCAGAAUGCUAAUGACGUGCUAAUAGCACCGCUGGAGAAGUUUCGCAAAGAGCAAAUAGGUGCAGCAAAAGAUGGGAAGAAGAAGUUUGACAAGGAAAGUGAGAAAUAUUAUUCCAUCCUAGAGAAGCACUUAAAUUUAUCAGCAAAGAAGAAAGAAUCUCAUUUGCAAGAUGCAGAUACACAGAUUGACAGAGAACAUCAAAACUUUUAUGAAGCAUCAUUAGAAUAUGUUUUUAAAAUUCAAGAAGUACAAGAGAAAAAGAAAUUUGAAUUUGUAGAACCUCUCUUGGCCUUUCUUCAAGGAUUAUUUACAUUUUACCAUGAAGGAUAUGAACUGGCUCAGGAGUUUGCACCAUACAAGCAGCAACUGCAGUUUAAUUUGCAGAACACCCGGAAUAACUUUGAAAGCACUAGGCAGGAAGUGGAGAGACUCAUGCAAAGAAUGAAAUCAGCCAACCAGGAUUACAGACCACCAAGUCAAUGGACAAUGGAAGGCUAUCUCUAUGUGCAGGAGAAACGACCUCUUGGAUUUACAUGGGUAAAACAUUACUGCACUUACGAUAAAGGAACAAAAACAUUUACAAUGAGUAUAGCUGAAACAAAAUCUGGUGGAAAAGUGAAUGGCCUUGUCACAAGCUCACCAGAAAUAUUCAAGCUAAAAUCUUGCAUCAGGAGAAAGACAGAUUCUAUUGACAAACGUUUCUGUUUCGAUAUUGAAGUAUUUGAGAGACCUGGAAUCAUCACACUGCAGGCUUUUUCAGAAUCCAACCGAAAACUUUGGCUCGAAGCUAUGGAUGGAAAGGAACCGAUUUACACCCUGCCAGCCAUUAUUAGCAAGAAGGAAGAAAUGUUCUUAAAUGAAGCAGGUUUCAACUUUGUGAGGAAAUGUAUUCAUGCUGUAGAAACAAGAGGUAUUACAAUCCUGGGGCUGUACAGAAUAGGUGGUGUAAACUCCAAGGUGCAAAAGCUGAUGAAUACCAUAUUUUCCCCUAAAUCUCCUCCUGAUAUGGAUAUUGAUAUGGAACUUUGGGACAAUAAAACAAUAACAAGCGGACUAAAAAACUACCUCAGGUGUCUUUCAGAACCACUGAUGACUUUCAAGCUGCACAAAGAUUUCAUUGUUGCUGUUAAGUCAGAUGAUCAGAACUACAGAGUUGAGGCAGUGCAUGCACUUGUGCAUAAGUUACCAGAGAAGAACAGAGAGAUGCUGGACAUCCUUAUCAAGCACUUGGUCAAGGUAUCAUUACACAGUCAGCAAAAUCUAAUGACUGUAUCCAACCUUGGUGUUAUCUUUGGACCAACUCUGAUGAGAGCCCAAGAAGAAACCGUGGCUGCUAUGAUGAACAUUAAGUUUCAGAAUAUCGUCGUUGAAAUUCUCAUAGAGCAUUAUGAAAAGAUAUUUCACACUGCACCAGACCCCAAUAUUCCUCUACCCCAACCUCAGUCCCGAUCAGGUUCAAGAAGGACAAGAGCAAUUUGUCUCUCCACAGGUUCACGUAAACCCAAAGGAAGAUAUACACCGUGUCUCGCAGAUCCUGACAGUGACUCGUACAGCAGUAGCCCAGACAGCACUCCCAUGGGCAGCAUUGAAUCUCUCUCUUCUCACUCCUCUGAACAGAACAGCACCACCAAAUGUACGCCCUCACAGCCCAGGGAGAAAUCAGGAGGGAUUCCAUGGAUUGCCUCUCCCGCUUCUUCUAAUGGCCAGAAGAGUUCAGGCCUCUGGACUACAAGUCCAGAAUCCUCAUCAAAGGAGGAUGCAACCAAAACAGAUGUGGAGUCAGACUGCCAAAGUGUAGCUUCUGUCGCUGGACCAGAGAAUGCCUCUCCACCAACAGACCUGACUAAAAAGAGUUCUUGCAGUCUGUCUGGGCUGAAAAGGUCUUCAGCAUCUUCUCUUAGAUCAAUUCCAUCAGCUGAAGGUAACAAAAGCUGCAGUGGAUCUGUACAGAGUUUAUCUUCAGCAGAUACCAAAGAUACACCAAAGGCUCUACCAAACCCUGAUUUGCCUCCCAAAGUGUGCAGGAGAGCAAGAUUAGAUACUGCAUCAAGUAAUGGUUAUCAAAGACCAGGAUCUGUAGUGGCUGCAAGAGCGCAGUUGUUUGAAAGUGCUGGUUCACUUAAACAGGUUUCUUCAGGACGACAAGCAAAAGCCAUGUAUUCCUGUAAGGCUGAGCAUAGUCAUGAGCUGUCUUUCCCACAGGGGGCAAUAUUUUCCAAUGUGUAUCCAUCAGUGGAACCAGGCUGGUUAAAAGCAACUUAUGAAGGCAAAACAGGACUCGUUCCUGAGAAUUAUGUUGUCUUCCUCUAGUAAUCUUUAGUGGACAGCAAUAUCUUCAUGGUAUCCAUGGUAACAAAUAAUAAGCACUAUGAUUUUUAUCUGACACAGAUAUGGGAUCAGCCCGUUAGCUGAGUGGCAGAUUUCCUUCAGAUACUGCAGCUGCAAGUUACACAGCUCCCUAUCAGCGGAACAGAAUGUAAUGAAACAGUUAACAGUUUCUGUACUGAAGACGGUACUCUGUUUAAAUAACUUCCAUUGUUUGCAAAAGGUUGUUCUGUUCUUCUUUUAUGGGUAAGGAACACUAGAGCAAUAAAAAAAAAGUUACUGUUUAGCGGCAGACUUUCAGGUCCUAGGAUGUUGCUCACAGAAGUGUGAAAUUUAGAGGCGAUGCACUCUGUGACAUUUCUUGCAAUCUAUGUUUUUUUAUUAUGGAAAAUUGUAUUUUUUUCAUAAUGUAAGUAAUGUUUCUAUUAUGAUCUGAAUUCUCCCUUAGAAAACUUCAUUCUAAAAUGAGUCCUAAUCAUUUCAAAUAAGAAAUGAGUUUUACCUACAUCAGAAGUUUGAGCUUCUGUGAGUCACUGAGAUUACAAUAUGGUAUAGAAUUUAUACAACUGAUAAUAAAAUCAGUUUAUACACUGCCUGAGCAGAAAAUGCUCAUUCAAAAUGUUAUAUUUUUAAUGAAUACUUCGUCCAAAUACGUCUUAGAUUUAUUUCCUUCUUUCUGUAUUGGUGUAGAUAAUAAUAACUUUUAUUUCUAUGAUACCCAUCAUCUGGAAGAUAUUCUCAUUGUCUUUUAGAACAGCAUCUGUAGAAAACAAGGAGAUGCUGACCCUGGAGUGACUGGUAGUCAUGUGAAGUGAGCAGUGAAAAACAGCAGUAUGUUUUGAAACCAGAGAUAAACUGUAGCUGAGUCCUUUUUCAACUUGUUCCAUUGCAAAAAAGACAAAUGGCCUAUGAAGUAUCUAAUUUUAUAAGCUAUGAAUGCUGAAAGCUCCAUCUAGCAAUAAAAGUAUUUAGUAUUAUUUCUCCUGACUUCUGCUAAACUAUUUGACAAAGAUUUCUCCCCUUCCACAGAAUAAAAAUCUCAAACCAAACUAAAAAAAAAAAUAAAAAAAACAAAACCAUUAGCAGCUUUCUCAGUCAAGCAUCUUGCACAUCUUGAGGGAAAACAUGUACUGCUACUUGGCUACUUACCAUGCCUGAUUGAAAAGCAAAAUAACUAAGCUCCAUAUUCGUAAUUCUUCAGAAUUAGUGCUACAGAAAGAAUUCACUGUUCAUAGGCCUAUCUAGGCUUAGUUUCAUAGACAUAUCAAAGCUUAUUCUUCAGUAACAGAAAUGAAUGUAUAAAUCUUCUGUUGAUUUCUAAGUUGUACACUGCUUCCAGAAAGUUUAAGGAAGAACUUCUGUUAGGACUACAAACAUCAGUAAUCUUUCUAUAGCCAUUUUCUUAUUUAAAUUGGAAAAUACCUCUUUUACUUUUUUUUUCUUUUUUUCUUUUUUUUUUGCCAACAUAAACACAUCAAAAUGUUCUUUACUUGUAUGUAAUGUGUAAUUUCUGUAGAGCAAUUCUGUGUUGGAAUUCAGGCUGAUGGCAAAAGCCUGAAGGAUCCUUCUCCUCAGUAAUUAAAGUAUAAAGUGGUGAUCAGGGAAGUAGAGAGGCUGGAAGAGCAUCCUCCCAGAAAUGGUCUAGCUGGUUUUUUUUCAGAGGGGGAUUCUGGGGCAAGGCUGACUGCAGGCAGUUGAGGACAGACCCCCUGAAAUUAGUGACUGAGUGAUUUGGGUUCUUUCUUCACGCUAAACAGUUUCAUUAAGUCCAAAAUCAUGUUUCACUUCACCUUAAGACCAGACCGUAUUCAGCGCAUUGUGAUGAAGGUUUGUUCCAGCCAUUGUCACAGGCAGUGAAGGCAGACGUGUGCUCAUCUAAUUUGCACAGAGCAGAUGUGAAAGGAAGUGAAGGUCUUUUCUCAGCAGAUUAAGACUGUCUUAGUCUUAAGGCAAGCCAAGUUUUCUUAGUGUAAGCUAUGCCUGAAACUGCCAUUGCCCUGAGAUCAUCGGCAUGGUUUUGGUUGUGGUUUUGCUGUAUUUCACAAUCCAAAAGUUGGAGGCUGUCAAAAGGCUUGCCUCUGGUGACCUUCCCAGGAGAAGGGCUGCUGAAGGCAAAAGGAGCAGAGAGGGAGGCAGAGCUUUGAGCACACAUCUCACCCAGGCAGAGAAAUGUAGUGGUCUAGGGAAGAAUCCCAACUUCUAUCUAUUCCAUCAGGGCCAGUGUCAAACUGACCUGUGUUGAACAUUGUCUGAUGACCUCUUAUACCUCUUGGGAGCAGUUUAAAUGUUGUGAAAUUCUUGAGGAAUGGUGAAGUAGAAAAUGUUUGCUCUUGCAUUGCUUUAGCCUGAUUUAAAAAGCAGGGGGGGGAAGCUAACCUUAGGUCAUCUCACAGCCUGUAUGUAUUUCUGCCUACUCUCCAAUACUGUAUUUUGAAGCCAGCUGAUCUGAGGACUCAAAGAUGCCAAGUUCAUUAAAAAUUAUGUAAAAAUGCAGAGUUCAGUUACAGAUUAAGUAGAGCCUGUACAUGCUGAGGGAAAGGUUGUAGAAAGACCUGAAGGAAUCCCUGUGGAGGUGUUUUUAUGUUCCCAUGCAUUCGUCUCACAUUAGACAUAAAAUUGAAUUGCAGAAGACAACUUCAUAAAAACUGAAUCCCAUUCAUUCUGCUGCUUACAAAACAUCUGUAUUUUCCUCUGUAAGACUCUACACAGUUUCAGGCCCUUCUUCUGAACCAGCCGUGGUGAUCACAUAUAUAAUUUUGGAGUAGCUUAACUUUAAACUGGCAUUUCCAUCUGAAAAAGGCUAUGCCCGUUCUUAAUUACAGUUAACAACUCACUCUCAAUGAGCAGGAUUUUCUUGUUUUUUUAAUGUUUUAUGGAUUUUCUUUUCCUCUUUUCUGCAAUACAUAACAAGCACUUUCUGUAUAAUCUCACUGCUGGGUUGCGGAUGCCCCAGCUCUUCCACUUGGAAAGUGAAAGCUCUUCACUUUCCAGGAGGGAGUUUAUCUCUAGAAGAAGCUGUACAAUUAACUGGAAAGUUAAGUACUAGGUGCUCUUAGACUGAAAUGGGGAGAGCACAGAACCAAAGCUUGUUUAAUGAUGAUAUUCUCAGGCCUGACCAAAAAUCCCUUCUGGUAAUUGCGAAGGAACAGAAAUCUAUAUAACAUUUAAAUGAAGAUGCAGUAUCUUGAUAGUGCCUUACCAGAAAAUUAGACAAGCUGAACUAAAUUAGUUCCUAGUACUGAUUUACUGGGGUUUCUGAAAGUCAGAUUCACUUUACCAGCAAAGGUUACACAAUUUUUUAAUUAUUAUUAUCCUUUCUAAAAAGAUGCAGCAGUUUUUGUCCAAGUAUCACUGCAGAACUCAAGGUAGAUGACAUGUUGUGAUUGCUGUUUGUCCUGUGGAAGUAACGUCUGUACCCAUAACUUAUGUAAUUAGCCGUUUUUUCUCUCUUAAAACAUUUGAUGCAUGUUGCAGCACAACAUGAAUCAAAUUAAUAGUGUGAAGGACUGAUAUAUUGUAUGAUAAAUAUGUAAAGUAUAUUAAUAUUUUAUAUUCACACUUUUUAUUAAUGAUAAUAAAGAUGAAAAAAUAUUUUUUGUGUAAUCCCUAUGAGUUCAGUAUUAAAAUGUCCUUGCCACAUUUUGGCAUUUAGAGUUACACACGACAAAACUCUUAAAUUAAACCAUAGCUAUCACUUGCAUCCCUAACUAAUCUGUAUAGUUAAUUGUUCAAUUAUUUCUGUAACAAAAAGAUGCACAGAUUUGCUGUCCAGAGCUAUUCUAUGAUAGUGAGAGUAACUUAUUUUCUUUUCAUAUGUUUUCUGGUGCUAAUCUCUAUUCUUUGCCUCUAAUUGGAUUGAAUUGUAAUAUGCCUGUAGGAAAGACACGUUUGGAGAGGAAAAGUUGCAAAAUUCAGCAGUUCAGAACAAUAAUACAAAACAAAGAGAAGCAUCGUAUGGCAGCAAUUGGAUUUUUUUGUUACAUUUCUCCACUGGUCUAUUUUCUACAUAAUAAGAUUGCAUCAGAAUAAAUAAUGAAACUAAAAA